GCCAUUGGCACACCGCUCUCUCCCUCUAUCCUCAUGUCUAAGCAGUUUCAGUUCAAGCUCGUGCUUCUGGGCGAGUCUGCGGUCGGCAAAUCAAGGUCUCUUCCCAUCCACGCAGUCCCCACUACCGACGUUAAUUGCUCGUUCAGUCUUGUCCUUAGAUUCGUUAAGGACCAGUUUGAUGACUACCGAGAGAGUACGAUAGGAGCCGCGUUCCUCACCCAGACCGUCACCCUUGAAGACCAGACAACAGUCAAGUUCGAAAUCUGGGAUACGGCGGGUCAGGAGCGAUACAAGUCAUUGGCGCCCAUGUACUACCGCAAUGCCAAUUGCGCCGUUGUCCUAUACGAUAUAACGUCGUCCGCCACCUUGGAAAAGGCGCGGACGUGGAUCCGUGAGCUGCAGCGCCAAGCAGACCCCUCCAUCGUCAUCGCUCUAUGCGGCAACAAAUCGGACCUCGCCGCUCGUCGCCAGGUGACCGAGGAGGAAGCAAAGAAGUACGCCGAGGAGGAGGGUCUGAUGUGGGCAGAAACGAGUGCCAAGUCCGGUGAGGGCGUUGCGGAGAUCUUCACGGCCAUCGCCAAGAAGCUACCUUUGACUGCCCCUGCUCCUUCAUCGCGCGCAGGUGCUGGUCGUUCAGGUGGCCGAGCCGGCGUAGAUCUCAACAAGCAAGCCGCAUCGCAGCCCGGACAGGAAGCGUGCAAUUGCUAGAUUGACUUACCCGACAUCUCUCUACACUCUAUCUACCGCCCUGUUUGUAUCCUAUUCUCUUCCAUGAAUCUCUCUCUCCCGGACCUGGAAUACAGUAUUUUGUAUCGAGGACAUGUGACAUAAAGCC